AUGCAGUCCUCCGGCGGUCCUGGCAGCGCGCCGCCCUUCACCUUCCCGGACCUCGGUCCAGUCGUCCAGGACACUCAAUUGCGUGGCCCCACGGGGCAGGUCAUCGACUCGUCGGCGCUGGCCUCGGAGGCCUCGGUGUCGUCUGGUGCUGGUGGCAGCGCCGGAGCUGCUCCGUCACCAACUCCCGCCUCUGCAGGAGAACGCGGGGUGGCGGGCAGUCUCCAGGCCGCACCUUCGGUCGUCGCGCACCAUGCUUCGGCUGCAAGCACCGGAGAGACCUCGGCUUCGAGUGCAGUGGCUCCAACGUUGCCAACUCCCGCUUUGCCGUCCGCUAGCGGGGCUUCGUCGGACCCUGCGUGUACUCAGCUGGUCCCCAGGUCCUCGCCCGACUCCAGUCCUCUGCACGAGCCUUCGUCAAAUGCUACGCACUUCUGCCGCACGGGUGGCCCGCUGCCUGCAACUGCGUGCGAGGCUUCGGGACUUCCUCCGCGCUCCUCCGCGCAAUGGUAUGCUGUCGAAGACAUCGUUCACCACGAGGUGCAGGCUGCGGUCGAGGAGCUCCGCGAGCACUCGGAACGACGUUUCGCAAACUUCGCUCAGCUGAUGGUCGGCUUGGUGCGUCACCCUCCGCUUCGUGUCGACUACGAGCUGGACCAGAGGCCCGAGUGCGCUCAAUCCCUCGGCGAGGUAGUCGAGGCACUCAAUCCGGACCCUUGCGGGCUGCCUAUGGGCUGGGACGAAGAGAUGCGCAGGCUUCGGUUCGAGGAGACGGACCUCAAGAACCAGGCUCAGGUCCUGUGUACCCGAGCCUCGUUCGAGCGCAACGAGCUCUUCGAGGUGGUCAAGUCGCUUCGCCACGAGCGCGACGAAGUUUCGCGUCAGCUGAGGAAGCACAACACUGCCAUGGCUACGAACGACGAAACGAUCGCUCUGCUGAGGUCACAGUGUGAGCGCUACGAGGCUUCGCUCAAGGCUUCGGACUCGCUUCUGGCAAAGGAUCGUGAGCUCUUCAAGUCGGGUCUCCAAGAGUACAACCGCAACAUGAGGCAGCUCCGAAGCCUGCUCAUCAACCAAGCGCGUGGUCAACCGGAGGCUCGAGAACUCGUUCGGCGGAUGGAUGACAACGUCCUGCCCAGAGCAUUCGAUGCUUUCCUGGAGGUGUUCGACUCUGCAUAUUCCGCUCCAGGCGCGGCUCCUGCCACUCCAAGUUCUCGUGAAUCUUCGUCUCGAGCUGGCACUACUCGCCAUCGAGCUGCUGCUCCGGCUGAUGUCCAAGUCGAUGUCUCGAUGGAGCCUGCUGAGUCAGGCAACGACUCGGAUGACGAGUCGACCAGUCCUCCCCCAGCCAAGCGUCGUAAGCAUGCUCAUCGCAAGUCUCGGGAGACACAACAGGCUGGAUCCAACCGAGCUACAAGACUCGGUCGUUCUUCUGUCAACCUUCAGCAGAGAGCUCGUGCCAGGUCGGCUUGUCGCCCUUCGUCACUCAGGGCCCCAGUCGAGUCUGCGGCUCCAAAGGCUCGCCCUGUGGCGUCACAAUCUUCGGCGGCUGGAUCGGCUGCUCCCAGCACAAUUCCUCCGGCUUCUCCUCACCCUUCCGAGGCUUCUACUGCCCUCUUUUCCGACUCGUCAGAGGCUGAGGUCGAGUUCGAGACUUCGGACCGGAAUGACGAAGUUGAGGGCAAGCGUUCUGCUGAGAUUCGUCCGGCUUCGACUACGUCUUCUCUCCGCUCCAUGUCAGAUGUUGAGCGCGAGAAUGCGCCAGGCGACGAGGUUAUCGGCGACGCUACUGCACCUAGCGCUAGCGAGCCUUCGGCACCGGCUUCACCUCCACAUUCACGCUCUCAAGCCGAGAUGUCAAGCUUCGCUCGGGCGUCUACACCGCCAGCCCCAGUCCACGGGGAGCAACCCCUCGUUCGGGUGUCCCGCAAGCUGCCGGAUACUGCGACUCCGUUCAUCGACCCUCCGUUCCAAGCGUAUGGGGCCAUGCCGUGCUGGUGCAUCAUCCAGAACGUUCGAAUGCCUCGGCCUAUUGCUGGUGACGUGAUGGUGGAGUGCUCGGUCAAAGGCACAGAGGAGUGGUCGGGGUGGACAAAUCCGAAUCGCCCAUUCCACAGGGUUCUCGCCAGCAUGCCGGACGAGCCUUGCCUGUUCGAGGUUGCGGCGUUCAUGCCGGACGUUCCAAUUUCGAUUCGCGCCGAGGUUCGAGCGCUGUUGGUAAAGCUCUGGCGGCAGUUCACGAGUCGAUCUGUCGGCCGUACUGAGAAGAACGACCUAGGCUUCUCACUGUUCGAACGAGGGCAUUGGAUUUCGACGACUGCCGUGGAGCGUUUCCUCCAGGUUAUGGCAGAGACCUUCGGUGAGGAAUCGCCUGAGUACUGCGCGAUCCUGGCGGCGUGGGUCAAGUACAACCACGAGCGCAACAACUGUGCAGACCGCCUGCGUCUGCAGAUCCCGAAGCGCUGGUGGCAGUGGUGCUUCCCAUCCUUUGCUGGCCACAUCUCGUGCGAGACCGAAACCAUGCUCGAGCCUUCGGUGCUCCAGUAUUCGUUCGAGAACUUGACGUGGGCGCCUCGGUCGGAUGAUUGGGUUUCAGAGUGUCUAGAGCUGGAUGGACACCAGCCUUGGCGCAACUGUUGGGUGGAUGUGCCGUCCGAGCACCCGUACAACACAACCUUCGCUCCGUGCAACCCCAUGGUUCCACUCUUCGUUCCGCGUGGCAUGACUGUUCGUGAAGUCGCGACAGCUGUUACGAUCAACCCGGUGCUGGACCCUCGCCGUGUUACGGCCCCGUGGGAGGACGGGCAGCCAGGUGAAGACGAAGUCUCGGAAGAGGAGGAGGUCGAGGAGCUGAUCGAAGAGAUCGAGUCUCCGGUUGCUGAAGAGUCUUCGGAAAAGGCUCAGGACGAAGAAACUACACAAGCGCUAGGAGCUCAAGAUGCAGCAACGGCAACGAAGGACUCGGUUCAAGAUCGCGUCGCGGCUUUGGAGGCCCCUGUUGAGGAGGCCUCAGCCAGCGAGACUCCUGCUGACACGCCAAGUUCGUCUCCAAGUGCUGCUGAUCGAGCUACCACGCGGGGCGAAGCUUCACCGGCUGCGCGUCUCCGCGUUUUGACCAAGGUUGCGUCGUCCUCGGACGCCUAA